UCCAAUAAAAUGAAAGAUGAAGUCAGCUGAACAAUGCAUUUUAUUUAUUUAUUGUGUUAAAAAGUGCAUUCUUUUCCAAUUACGAAAUUUUAGUUUUCAAUCCUAUGUAUGAAAAGAUAAGAUAUGUGCUCACUCUGAUCGAGUAAAUUUUGUCGAACAUGGGAAUACGUUAGACCUUUUUUGUGUCGCAAAAAAGCUUAGAAAUGUUUGGGAGACCAAGAUGCAGGGAAUGGACGCCUCUAACGACUCAGCAACUUCGUCUUAGAAGUUUAAUUCAGAUCGUCGGCUACAACAUAAGGCCACCAGAAUGGUGUACAUAUCAAUGCAGCUACUAUUUGACGUUGCAUCACACGACUAUGUCGGCGCCGUUCUACACGAGCGAGCGGAUAUCAUCCCCCCACCCUAAGUGGAAGGAGAUUGACUCAGAAAUAACACAACGAAUGUCGUCAACCAAUGUUGUGAUUAGAAUAUGGUGUCAUAUAUUAUCGCCCCCAUGUAAAGAUGACGAAGAAAAAUGCGAACAAAUACAAGAUACAGUCAUCCAAACAUGGGGGGUAUAUUUCAGUGGUCUUCGAUAUAUUGGGGCCAAUUUAGCUUUAAAUUUCAACUCUGAUUGCUUCAAAAGCAACACGCUCGUAUUCCAAAUGCAUGGGGGCUAUUUCUGUUCCUACAAAAGUCUCAAAUUAGAUAUAAUACCGCCAGAAAAUGAGAUCGAACACGGUUCUUUGUCGUCAGAUUCAUCUGGUCAUACUAACGUAUCUAAAACCUUCGAAAACAAACUCGUACAGAGUCAGAAAUUAAUUAAAGAUUCUCGGUCAUUAUCGCCUGGAAAGUAUUCAAAGAAAUUAGAUAAGGAAUACUCCAAAAGUCAUAGUCCAAUUGAUAAAGGCUUCAAACAGAACUUUCCGACGUUACGAGCGUCUUCAAGUUUGAACAUAGCAGCCACUCAACAUAGAAGGGAUGAUAGUAAUGAACGAAAGAAGCCAGAGACCAAUCAUAUAUACGAGCAUUCACCGGACAAUUUAGAUGUUAAAGAAUUUAGGACCAGUGAACUUAACUGUGAUAUAAAUGCAUCUCAAGAGGAGUUAUCUAGUAAGAUUGAUUUGAGCGAAACAGCGGAGAGUUAUGAUUUAAGGAACGAAACGGAUGGUGUGCCCAAAUAUCGAUAUCUCGCCUUGAAUUUCCUGAAAUCGGAAAUAAGGCCGAGCUACACGGCGACAAAACUGCAGAACUUACACUUGUUACAAUACGCUAUAAAGAAACGUCAAGAAGCUGUCCAAGAGAUUAAAGAAAGAAUAUACCAGAAGUCCGCCCUUUCGGACACAAUUACGCAACCGGAGUUCGAAGAGAAACUAAAAGCUAGGAGCAAAUCUCAGAGGAACCUAUUUUCUUGCCUCGAUGAAGAAGCAUUGCAGAAGUCUUCGUCGCAGACUGAUUUAAGUGUCAAAAAUGGUAGGAUAAAGGAAGAAAGGUCGCCCGUUUCAAAUGGGCCGAGAUUGACUUUGAAAUUAAACGAUUUGUUAUCGUACAAGUCAAAGCCAUCUCCCUACCAAAGGUCGGAGCACGUAAGGUUAACAAAACAGUUAGAAAUACUACAUUUCAAGCGACUCAUACUAUCAGAUGAGAGAGACAGCAAAUUGGCCAACAUAAGAAGACUGAAAGAGAUACACGCUAAGUUGUUUGAAGAGAAUCAAGAUGUAGGUGAGUUAACCAAUGGUUCAGAACUAAUGACGAACUAUCACACGCUGUCCCGACGAACGGAAGCGUUGAGAGAAAUGCGCGAAUCGUGUGCAGCAUUACGAGAACUGGCUGCAAGAUCGCACGCAACGCUGUGCAACUGUCGCAGCGAUUUGUUGCUACACUUGCAGAAGAUAUUUUAUAUACAGCAGAAAGAUGCAACAACCUGGACAAUCUGCGACAUACCACUCCCCAUAUGCGGUGACGACACGCGAUCAUCGAACCCGGUACCCGACAGUGUGGCCGCUGGGUUUGUAGCACAGGCCACUGUGCUAUCGGCAGCUGUGCUCAACCAACCUCUGCGGUAUAGAAUCACGUUAUUGGGAUCUGCGAGCAAAAUACUGGAUGUUACCCCGGAUUUGCCGGAUCCUAACAUACCUCUCUUCGCUCGCGGUGGAGACGUGACCUUAUUCCGAUAUGCGAUGUUUCUGCUAAACAAGUGUAUAGCACAGUUGCUAUGGGGAAGGGGUUUAGCCGUUCACGAUAUGAGACCUACAUUGUCUAAUCUACAACGAUUGCUUAUAACGCCGUGUAAUUUGUCGGACACAUCAAAGCUGUUCGGAUCCCGCGGGUGGUCGGGCGAAUGUGCGCGCACGCAAUCACUGCGUAGUCUUGUUGCGUGCGAGAGACGAUGUGGGAGACAGUUUAAUAGAUUUAAGGAUUGCGUGGACGGCCAGUCAGCACAUAGAAUGCUGAACGAGAAACGACACAAACAUUCUAGAAGCGUCGGCAGUUAUCAUGAUGAUAGAGAGCUACACCUAAACACCUCAACAACAUCAAUAAUGGGCAGCGAAUCGAACAUAUACAACAUGAAAUUAGCCGAAUCAACGAACUUCAAAAAUCACUCCGACUCAGAAAUAUCCAAAAUGCAAGAAGAAAAAGUUAUUUUCACACUCGGCGAUGACGAGAAAUUAUUAAAAAUAUCAAGCAAUAAUGCUGACGAAAUGGACGUCAAACAAAUAUGUACGGAAAUAAAUAAUUUCUGCACUAUUAAAGAUGGACAGUAUAAAAAUAUAGAGAGCUUCGAUGUCGUGAAACACAUGAAUACGGACACUAAGCGCGAAAGUGUAUGUGUAGAGUGCGAAAGUGUGUGUGUAAAGUGCGAAGGUGUAUGUGUAAAGUGCGAAGGUGUAUGUGUAAAGUGUGAUAGUGAUGCGCCGUGCGCUAGUGAUGUGAGGGAUGUUAUUGUGAUUCCUAGUGCGGAGGCCAUAUUGGAUAGUGAUGUGAAAUGAAAUUAUUUACGGUUUAUUUUUAAAGGUUUUUGAAAAUAUAAUACAGAAUUGUUUUUGAUAAUGUUCAGAAAAAGGAAAAUUGUUAAAAAUUUUAACAAAAAUUGCUUGAAAUUGUCAGUAAAAGCAGAAUUAUUAAAUUUAAAUGAAAAUUGAUACUAAAAAACCAAUAAAAUUAACUAUUUUCAGUGAAACAUGCAUGAUGAUUAUGCUAAAAAUGAUGAGUUAUUAACUGAUAAAUAAAUAACCAUUUAAUCGCAAUAAUUAUAAAACAAGACAAUAAAGUUAAAACCAUGCUAGAGUAGAAAUAGGUUGUUUUCUCUUACGUAUUUGUGAAACAAUAUUUAUUUAUCUAAGGACUACAGCAAUAUAAAAAUAAUUCGAAAUCAUUAUUUUUGAAGUUAAACUUCUUUAGGCGCGUUGAGAGUAAAAUUUCGCGUCAUGGCAAAUACCGUCGUGAAUCUUGCCAAAGAAGUUUCACUUCUGACAUAAAGAUUGUUUGCAAUACCGUAUUCUAAUCAUAAUCAAGAAUUUACUCAUUUGUGGGUUUUCUGUUAGAGCUAUAUUUCAUUUUAGGCACUUUUUUUCGAUUCUUUGUGAGAAUGAAUAAGUACAUAAAGUACUUUGAAAUUGCGCUUAAAAUUUAUAAAACAGAUACAUAGUAGGAAAAUAAAUUAACGUUUUUACAAAAAGCGUUAUAUUUACCAAAUUCCUUAUUGUAAGUCAAUAUAGUUGAAAUUCAAUAAAUACCCUGCGAAUGUUACGUCAUUUCAAGAGAAACUCUACAAAUAUUUGGCUAACAGUUAAUUAUACUAUAGAAAAAUACAUCUUGAUUGAGCAGUCUUUUAUUAGCCCAUAUUUCUACCGUUCAAAGGUCAAUCGAAAUAUAUCGAAUAAUAUCGAUUAAUCAUUAUUUCCGGAAAUUAUGUGAGUUGACUUAAAUUGAUGCUUAGAACUUGAGAACUUGAAAAUUCUCCUUCAUAUUAUAAUUAUCCUUAUGUUAUGAACAUGAAGAAAUGUUGUGUUCAAAUCAAGUAGUAACACGAUAUUAAAUCAUAACACUAUGAAUAUAGGGUUGUAUUUUGAGAAGUUGUUUGAAAAGUUGUCGCUAGUUUUUUAACUAUGACAACUAUAUUUAAAAUUUAA